AUGGCUGAAAACACCACUCAAACACAAGAAACUCCUAACAAUGGGUCUGUUGAUUCUAGCAGUCCUUACUAUCUUCAUGCCUCAGAUUCACCUGGCAUGAAUCUUGUCAACUUCACCUUUGAUGGUCAUUGCUAUGGUGGAUGGAAGAGGUCCAUAUUCAUUGGACUUGCAGCAAAGAACAAACUGGGGUUCAUUGAUGGAACCUGCAAAGCUCCUUUACCAGAUUCACCUGAGCACAAGCUUUGGGAUAGAUGCAACAACAUGGUGACUUCAUGGCUAUUGAAAUCCCUAUCAAAGGACAUAGCUGGAAGUGUCCUUUAUUCCAAAAGUGCUAGGGAGCUAUGGGAAGAUCUAGAGGAUAGGUUUGGUCAGCCAAAUGGGGCCAAACUCUAUCAGCUGCAAAAAGAACUUGUGGAUUCAACACAAGGUGCAUCAGGCAUAGCAGCUUAUUACACCAAAAUAAAGAAGAUCUAG